AUGGAAUCCUAUGACAUUUUAGCUAAUCAGCCCGUGGUAAUCGAUAACGGUUCAGGGGUCAUCAAGGCUGGCUUCGCUGGAGACCAGAUCCCCAAAUACUGUUUUCCUAACUAUGUUGGACGUCCCAAACAUGUUCGCGUCAUGGCGGGGGCGCUGGAGGGUGACCUCUUUAUUGGCCCCAAAGCAGAGGAGCACCGCGGGCUGCUGUCGGUGCGUUACCCAAUGGAGCACGGAAUCGUCAAGGACUGGAACGACAUGGAGAGGAUCUGGCAAUAUGUCUACUCCAAGGAGCAGCUGCAGACCUUCUCCGAGGAGCAUCCAGUGCUUUUGACGGAAGCACCGCUCAACCCCAGCAAGAACCGCGAGAAGGCCGCCGAGGUCUUUUUCGAGACCUUCAACGUCCCUGCGCUUUUCAUCUCCAUGCAGGCCGUGCUCAGCUUGUACGCCACAGGUCGCACCACGGGUGUGGUGCUCGACUCAGGCGAUGGCGUGACGCACGUGGUGCCUAUCUACGAGGGCUUCGCCAUCCCGCACUCCAUCAUGCGGGUGGACAUCGCCGGCAGGGACGUGUCUCGCUACCUGCGCCUGCUCCUGCGCAAGGAGGGCUAUAACUUCAACACCUCGGCCGAGUUCGAGGUGGUACGCACCAUCAAGGAGAGGGCCUGCUACCUGUCGCUGAACCCUCAAAAGGAUGAGACACUGGAGACAGAGAGGGCGCAGUACGUCCUCCCUGACGGGAGCGCCUUAAAUAUCGGGCCGGCCCGUUUCCGUGCCCCCGAGCUGCUCUUCCGGCCCGACCUGGUGGGCGACGAGAGCUCGGGCAUCCACGAAGUGCUGGCCUACGCCAUUCAGAAAUCCGACAUGGACCUGAGGCGCACGCUCUUCUCAACCAUAGUGCUGUGCGGCGGGUCCACGCUCAUAAAAGGCUUUGGAGAGAGGUUACUGACUGAAGUCAAGAAGCUUGCACCUAAAGACGUCAAGAUCAAGAUUUCCGCCCCCCAGGAGCGACUCUACUCCACUUGGAUCGGAGGCUCCAUCUUGGCGUCGUUGGACACGUUUAAGAAGAUGUGGGUGUCCAAGCGGGAGUACGAAGAAGACCGAGCACGCGCCAUCCACAGGAAGACCUUCUAG